AUGGAUUUGAAGCGAGUGGGCGGCUUGCAAAACCUUCUGGAUGCGUUGGACGUUGCCAAGCACAAGCAUUGGUCACAGCACGGUGUGUCGGAACACUACCGCACCAACAAUGACACCUCACAGACACCACAAGGCACAACUAGACAUUUCCGAAGCGCUACUACUGGCAGUCGCUCUGGUUCCACAGGUUGUUCUGCAUCAAGGGCUACCGAACAACAAGUCGCUCCCUACGUUGCUCCCCUUAGUUUUACCGCUGAUCAUCAUAACCGUCCAGCUCACCUUUCAGCCACUCAACCGUCAGCACAAGUGAAGAUGGGUGGGUUCUCCGAAAUGGACAGUAAGUCGCUUAUCGCAGCCGCCCUGGCUCCCGAUCCUGGCGUUCCAGAUCCUGGAAAGAAAGUCAAGAAGGGCUACAGCAACGGACCGAUUACUCCUAAUUCGAAUGUUACAAGGCAGAAGAGCACAGUGCCAUCCAGCUCGGGCAAAAGACGGAGACGUGCAUCAAGUGUCUCCUCGCAGACUAGCCACCACGAAGACAAUUUGCCCGUUUCCAAGAAAAGUCACACAAGGGAAAAAGAUGCAUCUAUUGGUGAGAAAUUGGUGACAGGUCUUGAGGGCAGCACCAAUCAUCAAAAGACUGCCGGAACCACUCAUAAGAACAGCCGUCCUGGUGGUAGCGGUCGCUAUGACAAUAAUGAAAUCCAAGCCCAUUCAGUCAGUACAAAACAGUGUGAAGAGACCAAGAAGCCGGCCAAGCCAGUGUCUUCCUACGUAGUCUCAUCGCAGGGGCAUGCGGAGCUAGAAGCCAACCCUAAGCUCGUGGUCGGUACUGAACCCCCUCAACGGAAAGUGAGAAGUGCCUACGGUUACAAUCAGGAUCUUGGCCAGGAUGUCAACCACCAGGUCGUCGAUCGUGACAACCAUGAAUUUAACGAUGAACAUACUGAGACCCAGUUACCAAAUCCUCCUCAGUCCUUAUCCACCCGCCCAGCCAACAAGAAGCCCCGCCUCAUCACCAAUGCCGACCCUUUUACCCCCUCUCCUCCUGGGACGCCCUCGGCAUCAUCCCUUCAGCACGAGCCCGACACUGACAACAAUAACAACGACGAUGACGAUGACGACGGAGAUGACGAAUAUACCAACACUCCACCCUCACGCAGGAAGAAGACUGGGACCAACAAAUCCACCGCCACCAAAUCCAAAUCCAAAGCUCGCAUCGCCUCCGCCAAAAACCGCAAACAGAACUUCCCCGUCGCGAGCGCCAUCUCCGAAGCCUCCGAAGCGGACAAGAUGAUGUUUCGCAUGAAAGGCGAAGGGAAAUCAUGGAAGGAGAUCACGGCCGAAUGGACGCGCAUGACGGGGCGCAAGCCGGGAUUCAGCACUCUGAGCGUCAGAUUCGGAAAAUUGCAGGAGAAGUUUGCCAGGAUGGGCGAUAUGGACUUCCACCGCCUCCUGAAAUUCAAGUCCCAGCUCGAGACGGCGUUCAACAGACGCGAGAAAUGGGACCGCAUUGCCACGAUGAUCGUGGAGGAUGGCGGGGCCGUCUACACGGGCCAGGCUCUGCGCGUGAAGUAUAGGAAUCUGGUGGAGGUGGGGUUGCAUAGGGAGGAUGGUGCGAUGGGUGAUGGUGGGGUGGAAUUUGCUGGGGUGGAGAUUGCGGAAGAAGGAGAAGGGGAAGCGGGCGGUGAGGUGGCCAGUUUCGAUGAGUGGGAUCGAGAGCUCAUGGGCGAUGGAAAUGCUGAGAUUGGCGACGAGAUCGGUGAUGACGACGACGAAGGGGCCAUGAUGCUGAAAAUGAGCCGCAGGAAGAGGGGCAGGAGGCGUCGCGGUCGUCGUGUUGAGCUGCCGCGCUAUCAUGAUGAUCUGGAAGGGGAAUUUGAUGAAGAUGAUGAGAAUUUCAUGGAUGGCGAGUUGUUUGGUGGUGGUGGUGGUGGUGGUGGUGGUGGAGAGGAUAUGAGUGAGUGA